AAUUCACUCACUCAAUUUCUUAGUUACUAACAAACAAACAAAUACAGAUUGAAAAUGAAGAAGGGAAUUGCAAUUGCGGCUUUGUUUGUGAUGCUUGUGAUGGCAGCUGCGAUGGUGCAGGGCGCUGCGGCGGUGGACUGCAACCCGAUGAAGCUGUUCCCGUGCAUGGGGGCGAUAUCGUCGGGGAGCGAUCCGUCGGCGGAGUGCUGCGCGAAGCUCAAGGAGCAGCAGCCGUGCUUCUGCGACUACAUCAGGAACCCGCAGUUGAAGCCCUAUGUUGACUCUCCCAAUGCCAAGAGAGUUGCUGCCGUCUGCGGCAUCAACCCUCCGACUUGCUAGUUUCUUGUAUUUGUGGAGUUGUAAUAACUAUGCUUCAUUCAAUAAAAUAAUAUUAGUACAUGUUUUUUGAA